AUGCCUCGUCCCAAUGAUAAAAUAGAUGAGGAUGAUUCCGAUACAACUAUUUUGUGUGUUUUUCUACGACGUAAAAAGUCAUUUCUUGACUCAUUAGAAAAGAUUCUAACUUCUACAGGAAAUGACAGAUUUAUCAUUCAAAUGUUCGAAGAUCCGAAUUCAGCUAUGUAUGUUCCAGAUAGAGUAUGCGAAUUAAUUGAAAGAUAUUUAACAAAUGAACGUGAAUUGCACAUUAACGAACUUUACCAAAGAAUCAGAACUUACGAAGCUUGCUUUGGACCUAAAAAAGCUAAGAAAAUCGAAUCUAUUGGCACUAAAAUUCUCGAACAAAUGGAAGUCAAGAACUUAAAUCCACCAGUUAACCAAGAUGAAAUCAAAAGAUUGCGUAAAAACUUAUACAUUUUAAAUUCAGAUUCGGAUACAACUGCUAUACCUACCGAUAGGCUAAACGAGUUAAAAGAGCAAAUUGAUUCUUUAAAAAUUUUCAUUAACGAUUCGAAAGCUUCAGUUCAUACAUUUCAUGAAGAUAUAAUACGAAAACUAUACCAAACUAAACAUUCUUUAUCAAUUUCGGUUGAAUCUUUUCUUCAAGAAUCCAAUGGAAAAGCUUCAAAUGCAAUUGCUGGGUAUAAAUCAAUGGAAAAGAAGUUUAAAUCAGAAAAUUCUAAACUACAAGCAAGGUAUCAAAGCGAAAUCGAUCAACACGUUCAAAAUGAAAUGAAAUACGAAAAAGAAAUUUUGAAAAUGAGACAGAAGUAUGAAAUACUUACCCAACAGAGUAACACGCAACAAAAAGAAAUAGAAACGUAUAAAAAUAAGAUAAUGCAAUUACAAAAUUCAAAUGAAAGCAAAAAUCAAAUUAUUAACGAAAAAUCUCAACUCGAGAAAGAAAUUUCGCAAUUGAAAAUUGAUAUUAAAGCAAAAGAUACUCAAAUACAAAAGAUGCUCGAAUCUCAAUCGAAUAAAAACGAAUUAGAUAAUUCAUUACAAUCUGCAUUGGCAAAAUCUCGUUUACUUAAUACAAAAAGAGCAGAACAAGUACAUAAACUAAAGGAAGCUCUUAAAAGCUUAAGCAUGGAAUACGAAAACGUUUCUCACGAAUUAUCUUUAGCAAGAGCAGAUUCCGAACUAACAGAUGUAAAACUGAACAGAGUUGCUCAAUUCGAGAAUGAAAAACAGAAGUUUUUAAACAGAAUUACAGAAUUAGAAACAGAAAAAGAUUCAUUAGAAAGAAAAGUCAAUGAAUUUACAAACGAGUCAAUUAUCUUGAAAGAAGAUAACGAAAGGAUGAGAAAGAUGAUGAAGAAUUCAAGUUUGGAAAAUCUUAAAACAGGAAAUUUGAUUAAUGUAAUUGACCAAUUGAAUUCUAAAAUAAAUGAGAAUGAAGCUAAAAUAGCAUCCCAACAAAAUGAUAUUGACAACCUUAAGACACAAAAUGAUACUCUUAAACUUAAAUAUCAAAUUCAAGAACAGAAAAAUAAAGAAAGCAAUGAAACAAUUGAUAAACUAAAGAAAGAAUUAAAUGAUGUCAAUAAUGAAAUUACUGAAAACCAAAAAUCAAUUAGUCAAUUAAAUUCAAAUUCAAGAAAAUACGAUAUUCAAGUCAAUGACUUGAAAUCUAAGCUUGUUGAAAGCGAGAAUAAGUGUAAGGAACUUGAUAAUGCUCUCAAAGAGAAAGAAUUCACAAAAACAGAAACAGAUAAAGAAUUAGAAAAACUAAAAGACGAGAACGCUCAACUCAAGACGAAGAACAAGAUACUCCAAGAUGAUAUUGAAAGUGUUAAAGAUGAUUUGAACCAAAAGAACUCAGUUUUGAAGGACUUUUUGACAGCAGAUGAAUCUCAAAAAUCCCAAAACUCGAAAUUAAUGAAUGAAUAUGUUCUUUUACAAAGAACUGCAGGAACAAUCAAUGCGCAGUUAAGAUCUGCACAAAGAGACUUGAAAUCCAAGGACCAAGAACUCGAAAUUGCCGCAAAAAAGGUUGAAAAUCUGAAAGAAAGAUUGAAAUCAAAGGAUGAUUUAACGAAACAAUUAAAAGUUAAUUUGGAUGAAACAUCAAAACGUUUGAAUUCUUUGAUUACUCAACAAACUGAGAUGCAACAAAUGGUUGAAGAAAUGAAAGAAGAAAACAAUUUAUUAAGAGACAAAAUAGGCCAAGCAAAUACAAAUUGUGCAGCUUUACAGGACCAAUUAACUCAAGAAUCGCUUGAGAAGGACAAAAUGAAGAAAAAUAUCAGAGAAAUGAAAGAAAAACAGAUGUCAGAUUAUGCCAAAUUUGAGAAGAAAAUUGAAAAUCUUCAAAACGAAAACACCCAACUUAACAGGAAGAAAUCAGAAGAUCAGAACACAAUAGAGAAACUCCAGUAUACAAUAUCAAAACUAGAAAAAGAUAACCAACAGAAAGAUGAUGAAUUACAAUUCGAAAAAGAAAAAUUCCAACGAGAAAUGAAACGAAAAGAUGAUUUGAUAGAUUUCGAACGCGAAAAAAGUGACAAAUCAUUUUCAAGAUCACAAGAAUUAUUAGAUAUUGAGAAAGCAAGAAUGACACAAGAAUCAUCAAGAUUGUUACAAGCUAAAGACAGUCAAAUCGCUGCAUUGACAAAGCGAUUAAGUGAUGAAGAGAAACACAAUCAAGAUUUGGAAGAAGUCAUCAGAGAUGGAGCAAAUAUAGUUCAGUUACAACUAACAGAAGUAAUUGACAAAAACAAUGCUUUGAAGAAAGAUAAACAGAAACUAUUAAAUGAGUUAACAAAAGCAAAUACAUUGGUUGAAGCCAUUGGAGCAAUCAUGAAUACAAAAGAAAAAGAGAAAUUACCAAUUGUCAUUGAUGAAGCGAAAAGAAAGUCAAAUCAAAAUGAUGAAGUCAAGAAACUCUUUGGAUUCACAGACAAUUCAGAUCUCGUUGAUGAUAUGAGAGAUGUUAAGAAGGCAUUAAAAGUUUUGACAGAAAGAAAUACAAAUCUUUUAAGUCUUUUCCCUAAUGCUAAUGAUACAAAUCUUGUUGACGCAGUUAAAAUCCAUAAAAAAGCUGUUGAUGAUGUUUCUAAAUUGUUCCCAAGUCCUUCUGUUGAUGACUUGGCCAAUGUUGUUUCUGAUGUUGUUUCGAAAGUAAACACUGCAACAAAAAUUUUAGGUGUCACAAAAAGUGAUGAUUUAGGAUUAACAUUGAAACAAUUAAUUAAACAAAGCAAGGAUUUGCAGAAGACAAAUGACAAGCUUCUUGAAGUUGCUGGUUGCAAGAAUAUUGAUGAAUAUAACACUGCUAUAAAGAAAUACAAAGCGAAUAAUGAAGUUUUAAGAAAGUUGUUGCCAGGAUCAAAAGAUCCAAUGGGCGAAAUGGCAUCAAUUAAAGGAAAAUAUGAUAAAAUAUCUGCUAUUCUUGGAGGUGAUGAAAAUGCAGAAGAUAAUGCAAUGAUGUUCAAUAUAAUCAAACCAAGAAUUGAUGAAAUCCAAAAGAUAUUAGGAGGACCAUCAGACAGAUUGAUCUUCAGAGCUAAAGAACUCGCAGAAGCAGAACCAUACAAGAAGAAAUUUGUGGACAUUGCAAGCAAACUUGGUGGCGAACAGAAUGUCAAGAAAGCUGUUGAUGAAUUGAUUGAAUUAAAGGAGAUGACAGAUCAAUUAACAGGAGGAAACAUCAAGGCAAUUGAUAAACUCAGAAAUUACAUUACUGAGCACAGGAAACUUGAAGAACAACAUUCACAGAUUUUAGAUAUUGUUUAUGAUCCAUAUGGUGAUAACAUUUCUAAGGCAGUUGAGAAUCUCAAAAGCGACUUGAAGAGUGCAGCAGAGUUAUUUGAAAAACUUAUGGCUGUUUUAAGUGGUUCAGAGAAACCUCUAUUCAAGUUCAAAUUCCCAUUAGAUCCUGCUGUUCGAGACAAUUUGAUUGUUCUUAUUGGACAAUUCAAAGUUGAAACAGAAGAAACUACGAGAAGAAUCAACUCAAUCUUAGGUGAAGCUCGAAAAGAUGGUUAUGUCGGAACAAACAUCAUCGAAGCAGUCGAAUUCAUUUCUCAUGCAAGAAUGGACGAAGCUCGAGAUGAAGCAACGAAAUCAUUCCAAGCCGAAGUAUCCUCAUUGCGAGAAAACUACGAAGUUAUUGUUAAGAAAUCCGAUGAUGAAACCAAACGAUAUAUCAAGAAAAUCGAAGAUAUUUCAGCUACAUUAGAUGAACAGAAGACAAAAAGUAUCGAACAUGAAAAAGAAGUCUUAUUGAAGGUUGAGAAAGCAAACAAAGCAGCACGCACUGCUACAAGUAACUUGGAUAAAGAAAAGAGAAUCAAAGAAGAACUUAUUCGAAUUAUCAGUGAUAAACCAUUCGAUAUUGAAUUCUUGAGAGCUAAUUUAUCUGCAUCUGAAUUCAAAAUCAUUCAAACCACUUCAAAAAGUGGAUUCACAAACUAA